UGAGGGGUGGGAUAAGGUUCUACAGCUUUCUCGGAAUGUAUUAAUCGAGAACGGGAGCUCAAUUCGUGAUUUGCCGUCAGUCAGCUAAUAAGCAAGUUUAGUAAGACACGAUACUCAUAGAAAGCAUGCUGUUUAGUAGUUGGGUGGUUUUUCUGUGCUUGAUACAGUUUUCUCUAGGAUUCAACUAUUCAUCGCCAUUUCUGAUGGAGGAGGAGGAUGCUUUGUUAACAGUGCCUCAACUGAUUCGGAAAUACGGUUACGAAGUGGAAGAACAUGAAGUCGUAACGGAAGAUGGCUAUCUACUGACGAUGUUUCGGAUUCCGAGCAGAAAGGAAGCACGACAAUAUCCAAUUUUCAUGAUGCACUCGUUGUUCAGCAGCUGCGCGGAUUGGGUAGUGAUCGGUCGGAAGCAUGGUCUGGCGUAUUUGCUGGCGGAUCGCGGGUACGACAUCUGGCUUGGAAACGCUCGAGGGAAUCGAUACUCUAAGAAGCAUCAACGACUGUCUACGGUUUCGUCUCAAUUCUGGGAUUUCACCUUUCAUGAGAUUGGAUACUACGAUGUGCCGGCGCUCAUUGAUUAUGUUCUCGACCGAACGGGAGUUCCGCGGCUCCAUUACAUCGGGUUCUCGCAAGGUGCAAUGACAAGCUUUGUAGCGUUGAGCAGCCGCCCAGAAUACAACGUUAAGAUCGUUCAGCUGCACGCUUUAUCUCCAGCAGUUUAUAUGUACCGCAGUGGAAGUGCUUUAAUUCGAUUAUUAGCAUCGUUGGUAAUGCCCAUUGAGGACAGUUUAAGGUCUGUGGGCAAGUAUGAAUUCCUACCGUUUUCUGAACAACAAUACUUUUUGUACCGCUGGCUGUGUCCGGCUCCCGAACAAACGAUUUGUCGUGUCAUCGUAUACGAUGUUGUAGGACCCAAUCCUAAGCAGUUGGAUGUGAAAACGGUGCGCGUCUUCCUCGGACACUUUCCCGCUGGAGCUUCACUCAAACAAGUCCGUCACUAUGCGCAGAUUAUUAACGACGGUAUCUUUAGGCAGCUAGAUUACAACGACCCAAAGAAAAAUAUCCAAUUCUACGGAUCUAAUAACGUUCCCCGCUACAAUCUAUCGCUGGUGACGACCCCAGUGAGCACCUACUACGGCUACAACGACAAUACCGUGAUCUACCUCAAUGUGUUGCAACUCGAGAGUGAGCUGCCUAACGUGGUUAGUAGCUACCCAGUGCCGGACAAGCGAUUCAGUCACGUAGAUUUCAUAUUAGCAAACAACGUUAAAGAGGUUUUGUACAAAGAGAUUAUCAAGAAUGUGGAACUUGCGGACCAGACCGCGACUUUCGAAUAAAGGUAAUUUAUCUUGUUCAAAUAAAAGUUACGUCUACUGUGCCUUUCUUUGAGCUCAAGUAUCAAUAAAAUU